UGCUCGGCUAGUAAAGACUGAAGUUAUGACUUUAAUAUGGCUGAUAAGGGUCCGUUUUUAACUUCAUGUAUUAUUUUCUACCUGUCGGUCGGGGCCGCGAUAUUUCAAAUCCUCGAAGAGCCAAACUGGAAAUCAGCCACAGAGGAAUAUGUCCUACAGAAGGAAAUCAUUCUGAAGAACCAUGCCUGCUUAACAAAGGAAAGUCUGGAGGACAUUAUAAAGAUAGUGUCUGACGCUGCGGGCCAAGGUGUGAUCAUCACCGGGGAGAAACAGCGCAACUCCUGGGACUGGGCCAACUCCGUCAUCUUUGCUGCCACCAUCGUCACCACUAUAGGUUACGGUAAUGUUGCUCCUAAGACCAAAGGGGGCCGUGUGUUCUGCAUCCUGUACGGUCUGUGUGGGAUCCCUCUGUGUCUGGUCUGGAUCAGCACGCUGGGCUCCUUCUUUGGAGACCGGGCCAAACGUCUGUCCCAGGUUCUGAUCCGAAAAGGAGUUUCAGUGAAAAAUGUCCAGUUAACAUGCACGGCCUUGUUCCUGCUGUGGGGGCUGGUGGUGCACCUGGUGAUCCCACCUUUCGUCUUCAUGUCUAUUGAAGGAUGGAGCUACCUGGAGGGCCUCUACUUCUCCUUCAUCACACUCACAACAGUUGGCUUUGGAGAUUAUGUGGCAGGUGUGAAUCCAAACAUGGACUACCCCCGACUCUACAGGGUGUUUGCAGAGUUAUGGAUCUACAUGGGCCUGGCCUGGCUGUCCCUGUUCUUCAGCUGGAACGUCCACAUGGUCGUGGAAGCUCACAAGGUUUUUAAGAAAAGAAGACACAGGCACAGACAGUUCUACAACGAGGAACCCGAGCCUGUUGAGGAGAAGCCAAAACCGGACAUAAAGCCGUCUGUUAUCGACAUCUUCAAGUUCCUAUCGGACAAGGAGGAAGACUACAGCACCGUCAUCAUGGAGAUCGGAACCACGAGGGAAACUGCAAUAAAGUCUGCAGAGAAUAUAAAUCGCUCCAAGAGCUGCAGCGACAUCCUGGCCACCAACAUCCAGACGCUGGACCGAUCUCCUAAACACAGACGCAUGCUGAGCAUCAGUGAAGUGUUCAUCAAUGCAAAACCUGCUGAGGACAAACAGCAGCACAAGGUGCGUCCUCUAGUCGAAGAGAGCAACGGAGUCUCUGUGUCUGCAGAAUGUGUGAGGACGGAUCCUGAGAACAAGGACAGCUGUGUGUUUGCUCCAGAGGCUGGAGGGAUCAUCAUCUCCGUUCCUCCUGGAGACGCUGCAGAAGAGGAGAGCGUGCCGUGUCCUGGUGGAGGAGGAGGUGGAGGAGGGUCAAGGUUUAAAAUAUCCAAAGUAGUCGAGGAAGAUUUGUUAACGGAUAAAGAUGAAAAAGGAUAAAAGAUCUUUCUUAUCAAAGAAUUGUGUAAAUAAUAAAGCUGUGUUGUGUGAAGGAGUUUUAUGUGAAAAUAUUAGAAAUACUGUUUCUAUCAGGUAACAAACUGCAUUUAGUGAAACUGA